AUGCAACGCGAUGUGAAUGUGAGUGAUUAUUCUAGUUCAGAAGACUCCUCGGAUGAUUACUCUCCAUCAGACGAACAAGACAAUAACUCUUCAGAUACUUCGAAAAAGCUAUCGAAAAGGAGUAUUGAAUGGUGUGGCGUGGACACAGAAACCUACGAUUACCCCAAACUACCUACACGAAAAGUGGUAUGGCCUCCACCUUCUUCUUCUACACCUUCAGCCAGUGGACAUCCUCAUUUCACGAACGUGAGGAUAGGCAAUCCGAAACUAGGAGGAAAAAUGCAACUGUUUUGCAGGACUGGGUACUACUUGGCGAUCUAUCCAGACGGAAAAGUUAGAGGAACUGAAGACGAGAAUGACAUGCACACUUACCUAGAAGUUGUAUCAGCUGGUUACUCUAGUCAUGUGAAGAUACGGGGGCUGUUGACAAAUUUGUUCAUUGCCACAAAUAAACGCGGGGCACUCUACGGGGAGGUCGAUCCAAUGGAAGAAUCAACAGUAUACAUCGAAUCAUUCCAAGGGUCAUAUAACGCAUAUUUAUCAAGGAAAUAUGCGCAUUUAGGAUGGUACAUAGCCUUGAAGAGAAACGGAAAACAGAAAAGGGGACACAAAACAAGAUAUGGUCAAAGGGCUGUGAAAUUUUUGCCAAAGAGAUCAAAAUUCGAAUAA